UAAAUACAAGUAAAAUAUCGGAAUACAAUCAAAUAACUUAAAUGCCGGUCAUUCAGUGAAUGUUCAGUACUGCUAACGAUAUUCUAAGAUAACUAUUAAGAUGUUUCUGCAACGCGGCAGCCGCUUCAGUUUGUUAACACAUAUUUCUCUGUGAUACAACAUUUAAUGUGAUACAACAUUCACGAUGCACACCACGAAUUUACAUCAAAUGCCAAACAAAAGCGAAGCAGAAUUGACUCCAGAGGAAAAAUGGAGAGUGGAGCACAUAAAGAUGCACGAACAACAUCGAGGUCACGAAUCUAUGCACGCAGAAAUGCUGCUUAUAUUGUUAGUGACAUUAACAGUAGCACAGAUUGUACUAAUUGAGUGGAAGAAGAGGCACUUUAAGUCAUACCAGCUUGUAACACUUGUAGCCAUGUGGAUUAUUCCAUUUGGAAUUAGUUUGAAGAAUCACUGGUGGAGAUUUAUAUUUUUAUGGCUUUUAUCCUCGUGUAUAACAGGUUUAGUAGUAAGAAAAGCCAUUCAGAGACCAAUCGAAGGUACCACACCUAGAUUAGUGUACAAAUGGUUUUAUUUUAUUUAUAAGCUCAGCUAUGUAUUGGGUAUAAUUGGAUAUAUUUUAAUUUUGCUUACAUUCUUUGGUCUAAAUAUCAUAUUAAAUGUUAAGCCUCAUGUUUGGAUGGAUUGGGGCAUGUUGUUCAUAUUUUACGGUCUUUACUUUGGAGUAUUAGGAAGAGAUAUUGCUGAAAUAUGUGCUGACACAAUGGCAUCACAUAUCGGAUAUUAUACUCCCGAUAGCAUGCCAACCAGGAUUCUGGAGGUAAAUGUUUGUGCAGUAUGUGGAAACAAACUUCUAGUUUCUGAGCAUGAGGAAGGUGUGAUUGAAAAUACAUACAAGCUUACUUGCGGCCAUGUUUUUCACGAGUUUUGCAUUAGAGGCUGGUGCAUUGUGGGGAAAAAGCAAACUUGUCCUUAUUGCAAAGAGAAAGUCGACUUAACGAAAAUGUUCCGCAAUCCUUGGCAACGGCCGCACGUUUUAUACGGUCAAUUGCUGGAUUGGUUAAGGUGGCUUGUUGCAUGGCAACCGUUAAUUUUGUUUCUAGUUCAAGGUAUCAAUUGGGCUCUGGGCCUUGAAGUAACAAAUACGAAGGAGGAUCAGCAUGAAAAAACAUCGUAACGGAUGUAACGGAUUAACUACUACCGCACGCUAUAUAAUAACGCUUAGAUAAUUUUUCUGCUAACACCGACAGAUAAGUUCCUAUUUACACUCGAAGUCUUACUAAUUGUAAGAGAUUUGAGAAAGGAUAUGAUCUCGUUGGACGCGUAUAGGGUUCAAGAUAAUGUAUACAUGUGUGCGUGUAUGUGUGUGGGCACAGUAAGAGAGAGAGAAAGACAAUGAUAACAACUUAUCAGUGAUGUUACUAAAAGACUUUAAUUAACUUUCUCGUUAUUAUCGAUAGAAAAACAACUUUCAUCACAUCACGUAUCCAUAGGUACUUGUCAGACCAUGUCGGACCCGUCGCGAGAGUAUUAUAUAUAAUUCAUAUUUAUAUUUAUAUACAUAUAUAUUUGCCUAUAAACCUAAAGUCUUUCGCGGACACUUGUGGAAUGAAAUUCCGAGGCGAGGUGUGAAGGGUGGCGUAGGAAAGUGAGGAUGAGAUAACAGAGGCCAAGGGUGAAAACACAUUUAACGAUUAUCUUUCAACGAAUUCGAUGAACAGAGGUGUUGACGUUAACACUCGAAACUUGAUCUUUGGCUUGUUGGAUAGUUCAGACGCCACGAAACGACGGGAUCGUUAGGAUGGGUCCAGGGGCAGACAUUCACAAACACGGGGAAAUUUUAUAGAUAUAUUUAUUGAGUACUUAGCGUGUAAGAGUAUAGAAUAUAUGUUACCUUAUUGUUAAAUAUCAUUACAUGGUAAAUAUAUUUCUAUAUAUGUAUAUAUAUAUAUAUGUGUGUGUGUGAUCACAUAUAUUUAUACAUAUAUAUCUCGUGAUGUAGUCUUUAAAAUAAACUUGCGCGCAGGCACAUGCGCGUGUUUACAUGUGUGUUCAAGAUAUUUACAUAAUCGCAAUUAAUAUGUACAAGUUCACGAAAAACAGAAAGUAAAGUACAGACGAACGGGCGAGCAUUGUGUAUCGGUCGUGUCGGUGAUCGUCGGUUCGCCGUUUGAGUCCCACGCGAGGAUACCGACUGUCGGGACCCGAGCCGCGUUCACCGUCACGCCAAUGCCAAGAAUAGAUGCCAGUAAAAUUUUUACUUCCUCCAUUUCCUCUUUCUCCGUGUAUAAAUUGACCGCCGUCUUUAUAUGAAAGUAUAAAGGUCGCUACGGUGAGAUGGUUUUUCCUUUUUUUCCUUUUGCGGGCACGGGUGUACGAAACUACCAUUGCUACGGAUAUAAUUGUAGGUACCCUAAUUAACAACAUCAAUGUCGCAUACGAUUGUGGCUCUUCUUUUUUUUUUACGUAGCAGCUCUCUUUUUUUCAUCUCGUCGCUCGCGAAAAUGAUAACAGAGGCUUCUUACGACGCUU